AAGUUGGCCGUACCGCUACUACAUCGUUGUUUUUAGUUGCAAGUGCAUCUAUAAAGUUCAUAAUACGUUGUUUGAGGAAGUCCAUACGUUAUAAACUAGCAUUAACUAAGAAAUAAAUACAUACUAAUGUAUGCACAAAGAACGUCAAAAGCGAAAUGCAGAUAUGAUAUAAAAUAAGCUGUAUGUAGUUUGCUGUAUUUAUGUACUGGUAUAUGUGUAUCGGCAGUUUGGAGCUUAUAGUUGUGGACAAUCCCAAGAUCCUGAUCGUUAGAUCAUCCUGGAGGGCGUGUGAUAGUAAGAAGUGUGAAGGCCAGUGGACAGUCGACAGUGAAGGAAGUGGCUGCUUGUUGCCGUGUGGUUCCUAAAAAGUACUCAAAAUUGAUAGAAAGAACAAGAAGGCUGCUGCAACUGGUGCCUCAGCCGGGGACCAGCCGCCGCGCAAAAAGGGACGUCGCUCAGGAGGAUCAAUUUCAGGAUCAGUUUCUGUCGUAGAUUCGAACGCAGCAUCCACAUCCAGAGCGGCGCAACAGAUCAACUCGAGUGGCUCAAGUGCAUCCGGAAACGGAAAUUGCAAACCAAAUUCAGACUCGCACAGACUGACACAGAACUCGUCCACGACGGACACACAAACACUUAACAGCAAUAACAGAAGUAUCAACGAGAUUAGCAGCAACAGUAACAGAGAUUCGGCUAUGAAUAUGCAGAGUACAGCGGCGUUGUCAUCCCCCUCCACAACCGGUGCCGCCGCGGGCUCCUCAGAUGUCUCCGGUUCGGCUGUGGAGUUAUCCACAGGCACGGAUCAUGUGAGCAACGAGGGCGCCGGCGCUGCAGCUGAUGGAUCGGCAGAUGGAGAGGUUGCUCAACCAUCUGGCGGCCAUAGCAAUAAUACCACAAACGGACAUGAUGUCAAACACAAUGGAUUCGCAGCCAAUAAUAAUGGCAGCUGUGCGGUUGAUGGGGACAACAAUCGCGAGAUUAACAGCGGAUACAGUGGCAUUCACUUGGACAAGUCGAAUCAGGAGAUAAUACGUUUGAUUGGCCAAUAUCUGCACGACGUUGGCCUCGAGAAGUCAGUUAAAACUCUAAUGGUCGAAUCCAACUGUUACUUGGAGCAUCCAUCAGCUACCAAAUUUCGAGAGCAUGUGUUGGUUGGAGACUGGAACAAAGCGGAUGCUGAUCUCAAGGAUUUGGAGCCAUUGAUCGAUAAUGGGAAAUCAUCCACAAUAACUGAAAUGAAAUUUAUAUUGCUAGAGCAAAAAUAUUUGGAGCAUUUGGAUGAUGGAAAUCCAUUGGACGCACUACACGUGUUGCGCAACGAACUGACUCCACUGCAGCACAACAUUUUGCGUGUGCAUCAAUUAUCCUCAUAUAUGAUGUGUUCGACCAAUCAUGACCUCUACCAGCGGGCGAAGUGGGAGGGCAAGGGCAUCACAUCUCGUGCCCUUGUUAUGGAACGCCUGCAGACUUUUAUGCCGCCAUCGGUGAUGAUGUCGCCACGACGCCUGCGCACUCUGCUCCAACAGGCUGUUGAACUGCAAAGCCAGAACUGCCCUUGUCACGAUAUGGCCUGGGAGACUAAUUUGCAGACAGUAUCUUUGCUGACAGAUCACUGCUGCACCACGGAUGGCUUUCCCAUGCAGACAAUACAAGUGCUCACUGAUCAUUGCGAUGAGGUUUGGUUCUGCAAGUUCUCCCCGGAUGGCCUCAAGCUGGCCACGGGCAGCAAAGACUCCACUGUGAUCAUCUGGGAUGUAGAUCCAUACAAGCUGACGCUUAAACAUCGCCGUGUGCUCGAUGGUCAGGCUCAACUAAAUGUUAGCUUCGUUAGCUGGAGUCCAGACUCAAAGCUCAUUCUAGUUGGUGGCACUGAGGACUCCCAUGAGCUUUUCAUCUGGAAUGUCGACGAUGGAAAGUUAGUUAUAAAGUUCUCACAAUCCCUGGAGGAUAGCCUAGCAUGCGGCACUUUUAGUCGCGAUGGCAAUCAUUUCGUUUGCGGCGGUCAAAAGGGUCAGCUCUAUCUGUGUGACCUGAACGGCACCCUAAUUGACUCCUGGGAGGGAGUGCGCGUCAACAGCGUCGCCUUUCGGGCGGAUAACAAAACCAUUUUAGCAGCCGAUAAUCACUAUCGCUUACGAGGCUAUAAUUUCGAUUCCCCACGCUCGGAUUUUGAUAUACUGCGCGAGUCACAUCCAAUUAUGACGUUCAGCAUUAACUCUGCGGAUCGUUUGGCCUUGUUGAAUGUCUCCAAUCAGGGUCUGCAUCUCUGGGACAUCGAGGACAAGUGUCUGUUGCGACGUUUUCAGGGAAUCAGGCAGAGCAACUUUGCAAUUCAUUCUUGCUUUGGCGGCGUUAACGAGAGCUUCGUGGCUAGCGGCAGCGAAGACAAGGUUGUGUACAUUUGGCAUAUUAAGCGAGAAGAGCCGCUGGCCAAGUUGGCCGGUCACACCAAGACGGUUAACUGCGUAUCGUGGAAUCCAGUGUAUCCGUCCUUACUAGCCAGCGCUAGCGAUGAUGCCACCGUGCGUAUUUGGGGACCGAAACCAACGGGCAGCAGUGCAACGACAGAGAGCGACGACUGUUCAUCGAGCUCGUCAUCGUCUUCGUGGAACAUGACCUAAAUCGGCAAACGCAUACAGAUACAGUUUUGUUUAUGUGGUAUAUAUGCAUUAUGGAGGAUUGCACUCGGACUUUAUAUUGGAGUGAAAUUCGGGUUCUUAGUCAAAAGCCAUUUUCGAUAGCUCAAAAUGUGGAUACCUUUUAACUGUAGAGUAAAUGCAAUAGUAUAUUUCUGCCAAUACGUAGAGUUCAACAUUUAAAGUUUCUAAUUGUUAAGAUAUUCUUGUCCGUAUAUAUGUAUGUGCGAUCCUCGAAUGUGUAAUUCUGCAUAAAUAUUGACUCUAAAUUAGUUCUAAGUAAACUCCCAAUGUCGAUCUAAAUGUGGUGCGCCCGUCUCUGCAACCAGCAUAUAUUUGUUGCAGCGAUAGCGAAAACACUAGACUGCCAUUACAAUACGAUGUGUAUUGAGCAGCAUGACUUACAAUUAGCAUUAAACUUAUAUAAGGUACAUUGACAUUGUCUCACACAUAAUCGGACACAAACGAACACAAGAUACGCGAGUAUGUAUGGAUUCUUGUUCAAUACUUUUCAAACAAUAGUAUUUUUAAAAAACGUUCUUUAUCAUAUGUAUGUAUAUUUAUUAACAUGCCUAUGUAUUGUGAAUUGGUUUUUAGUAAUCUAUAUAAUUUCAGAAUGGGCCACCCUAAUUUAAAACCUUUUGCCAUUUUAAUUAUUUUAUUUCGUUUUCGGGAAUUCAAUCGAAAAUUAAUCGUUCAAUGUUCUUUCAGAAUCAAUCUGAUACACAAUGUUUUAACAAAACAUUAAGCAAAAGGGCUUUUAAUAAUUUUAAAUUCUUUAUGAAUUUAAAAUAGACUUUUGGUUCGACAUUUGCAGAUAGCGGUUAACAAAGUUAAACUCAAUUACUUACAUGAAGAAACGGGCCUUAGUACGCCAAUUUAAUUUCAUAAUCAAUACAUGCAAUAAACAUAGCGCUAUAUACACAAGAGUAUGUAAUUAAUAUUUGGGCUUAAUUGAUUGGAAAUAGGACGCUAUCAAAGAUGAACUUUUACCAUUGAUCAAAAUAAAUGAUAUUGCCGUCUUUUUCCAAA